AUGCAUUUGCGCCUGGGCGGGGUGGGCUGGGCGGUGGAUGGGGAGUCGUGGGCCGAGAGGAGCCUGGCCCGGGAAACGCCGUCGCCGUCGCCGCCGUUUGCGUUCUGCCGGAGGGGCCUGAGGAGCGGCCGCGGGCCUCGUCAGCCAGCGGCCCGCGGACAGGCCCGGGAGCGCCUGGCCGGCUUUUGUGUAGGUCGGUGUGGCGGUGGGAGCGCCGCCCGCCUGACGGCCGCACGGAAGGCCCGCAACCCUGCAGCGGCUAGCCUCCCUCGGCGCGGCCCCUCAUCCCGGCGAGCGUGGCGGCGGGCUGGGCCAUGGAAUAAGGAGGCGGCGGCGUGGGAGGAGGAAGAUGGCGGCCGGCAAGAGUGGCGGCGCCGCGGAGAUCACUUUUCUGGAAGGGCGCUGAGGGGAACGAGGGCUGGGGGCCGCCGGGGCAAUGGCGGAGAGGGGCCGCGCUGGGGAGGCGGCGGGUUCGAGUCCGCUCGGCCUGGCCGGGCGUGGAGCGAGGGCGCUGGGCGGCGGGGUCGGGCCGCGAGCCGGGACAGGGGGGCGGCUGCAACGAGUCCUGGGUGGUUUUUGAGUUUUGGCGGUGGCCUGAGAAUGGGAACCGACCUGCGCUCGGCUCUCGCUCGUGGAAAGUUUCCGAUUGCCGGGAGGUUGGGGGAAAUCGGGAGCCCGUGGAAGCAGGUAUUGGAGGCCGUGUCCUUAUCCCCCCGAACUCUCGUCUCCCAGAGCCUUAAUUUGGUUGAUGUUUACUUCAGAGGAGGGCCUGGCCUUGUCAGAAUACCUUUACGAAGUGUACUUUGUAGAGAUAUUUUAGAAAUAAUUUCUCAGGAACAGACGAGGAUGCAGCCUCUAACGUCAAGUUUGAGACGAUCCCCAAAGCUAACGAACUUUGAUUCUCAUUUUCUGCUCACUUGCGAGGGAAAUACUUAUAUAUUUGUUUUCAUUUCAGCUUUGGCUAGAUCAGAGUCUAAGAGAGAUGGAGGUUUUAAAAAUAAUUGGAGCUUUGAUCAUGAAGAAGAAAGUGAAGGAGAUACAGAUAAAGAUGGGGCAAAUCUACUCAGUAUAGAAGAAGAUGAGGAUUCUGAAACCUCUAAAGGAAAAAAGUUAAAUCGUCGAUCUGAAAUUGUUGCUACUAGUUCUGGUGAUUUCAUCUUGAAGACAUAUGUAAGACGAAACAAGACUGAAAGUUUUAAAACUUUGAAAGGCAACCCAAUUGGACUUAACAUGUUGAGCAACAAUAAGAAAUUGAGUGAAAAUACACAAAAUGCAUCAUUAUGUUCUGGAACUGUAGUUCAUGGUAGACGUUUUCAUCAUGCUAAUGCACAGAUAACGUUAGUAAAAACAGCAGCGCAAAGCAGUCUGGACCGAAAAGAAAGGAAAGAGUACCCACCACAUGUCCAGAAAAUUGAAAUUAACCCCGUAAGAUUAAAUCGGCCUCAUGGUGUUGAGCGUGUAAUGAAGAAAUCAGAAGAGUCUUCAUCACAGUUGGAGCCUGAGAUUAAGAGGAAAGUACAACAGAAGCGCCAUUGUAGUACUUACCAGUCUACAUCUCCCCUGACUCCGGCUUCAAAAAAAUGUUUAACCCAUUUAGAGGAUUUACAAAGAAACUGCAGACAAGCGGUAACUUUGAAUGAAUCUGCUGGACCAUUAUUAAGGACGUCAAUUCAUCAGAAUUCUGGAGGACAAAAAUCACAAAACACAGGAUUAGCAAUCAACAGGUUUUAUGGCAACAAUGUGGGAAAUGUCCCAAGAGAUAUUCUCUUGACUUGUGGUGAAAGUAGACAGAAUUAUUUACAGACUAAUGGAAAGGCCCUUUUAUCUGGGGCAAAAAUAACCAAAAUUACGAACCUGAAGGAAAGGAAGACAAGCCUAUCAGACCUAAAUGAUCCAAUCAUUUUGUCCAGUGAUGAUGAUGAUGACAGUGACAGAACUAAUAGAAGAGGGAGUGUGUCUCCUCAACCUGCUGAUUCAGCAUGCUCUUCCCCAGCACCAUCAACUGGGAAAGUAGAAGCAGCGCUGAAUGAAAAUUCCUUCAGAGGAGAGCACGAACUAAGAAGCAUUCUGGCAGAUGCAGAGUUAAACACAGUUACAUUACCAAGAAAAGCUAGAAUGAAAGACCAGUUUGGUAAUUCUAUUAUCAAUAUACCCCUAAAACGUCGUAAAAUGAUGUCUCAAGAAACUUUAGUUGAUCCUAUGUCCUUAAGCUGCCAAAGUUCCUAUGAAAGUGUCAUACUAAAUUGCCGAAGUAUACGAGUAGGAACUCUCUUCCGGCUAUUAGUAGAACCUGUAAUUUUUUGUUUAGAUUUUAUCAAGAUACAGCUAGAAGAACCGGAAGGUGAUCCUGUAACAUUUACUUUAAAUACCUCUGAUUUAACUAAAUGUGAAUUCUGUAAUGUCCGAAAAUUACCAGUAGUGUUUCUACAAACGAUACCAGCAGUUUAUCAAAAGUGGAGCAUGCAACUGCAAAUGAAUAAAGAGGAUAAAGUUUGGAGUGAAUGUAAAGGAAUAAAUAAAUUAACAAAUCUGGAAGAACAGUAUAUUAUGUUUCUUUUUCAAACUAGUCUUGAUCCUCAAGCAAAUAUGGUCUUUGAAAACAUCAUUACUGAAAUUGGUAUAAAGAAUAAUAUUUCAAAUUUUUUUGCAAAAAUUCCCUUUGAAGAAGCCAAUAGCAGACUUGUUGCCUGUACAAGAACCUAUGAAGAAAGCAUCAAAGGAAGUUGCAUACAAAAAGAAAAUAAAGUGAAAAAUGUAUCCUUUGAAACAAAAAUACAACUUCGAAAUAAGCAAGAACUGCAGUUUUUUGAUGAUGAGGAAGAAACUGGAGAGAGCCAUACAAUUUUCAUAGGUCCAGUAGAAAAAUUAAUAGUAUAUCCACCACCUCCAGCUAAAGGAGGCAUUUCGGUUACUAAUGAGGACCUACACUGUCUAAAUGAAGGAGAAUUUUUAAAUGAUGUUAUUAUAGACUUCUAUUUGAAGUAUUUGGUGCUUGAAAAAUUGAAGAAAGAAGAUGCUGACCGCAUUCAUAUUUUCAGUUCUUUUUUCUAUAAACGCCUUAAUCAGAGGGAGAGGAGAAAUCUUCAUGAAACAACUAAUCUGUCAAUACAGCAAAAACGACAUGGGAGAGUGAAAACCUGGACUCGACAUGUAGAUAUUUUUGAGAAGGAUUUUAUUUUUGUACCCCUUAAUGAAGCUGCACACUGGUUUUUGGCUGUUGUUUGUUUCCCUGGUUUGGAAAAACCAAAAUAUGAACCUAAUCCUCAUUACCGUGAAAAUACAAUCAUGCAAAAAUGUCCAGCUGUAGAGGACAGUUGUAUUUCUUCUCCUUCAGCCGAUGAAAUGGACAGUUCUUCACAAAGCACUUCUGCCAAGCCUGUAAUUAAGAAGAUGCUAAACAAGAAGCAUUGCAUAGCUGUAAUUGAUUCAAAUGCUCUACAAGAAGAAAGUGAUCCUCGGUAUCGGAAGAAUAUAUGCAAUGUGAAAUGUAGUCUGAAAAAACUAAAUCACACUGCAAACGAAAAUGAAGAUUCAAAUAAAGGAGAAUCUGCUUGCCAAAAAGUUGUUGAUAGGACUAGAAGUGAAAAUGGCUCACCACAUGAAUAUUUAAGUUCUCUGCACCACACAGAUGGUUUAAGUAAAAUCAGAUUAAACUAUGGUGAUGAAUCAUCUGAAGGUGGUAAAAUGCUUGAAGAUGAACUGAUCGACUUCUCAGAAGAUCAGGAUAAUCAGGACGAUAGCAGUGAUGAUGGAUUCCUUGCUGAUGAUAACUGCAACUCAGAAAUAGGACAGUGGCAUUUAAAGCCUACAAUCUGUAAACAACCUUGUAUCCUGCUUAUGGACUCACUCAGAGGCCCUUCUCGGUCAAAUGUUGUAAAAAUUCUGAGAGAGUAUCUAGAAGUAGAAUGGGAAGUUAAAAAGGGAAGCAAAAGAAGUUUUUCCAAAGAUGUGAUGAAAGGCUCUAAUCCAAAAGUACCACAGCAAAACAACUUCAGUGAUUGUGGUGUGUAUGUAUUGCAGUAUGUAGAGAGCUUUUUUGAGAACCCAAUUCUCAAUUUUGAACUACCUAUGAAUCUGGCAAACUGGUUUCCUCCCCCAAGAAUGAGAACAAAAAGAGAGGAAAUCCAAAACAUCAUUCUGAAGCUGCAAGAAGAUCAGUGCAAAGAGAAGAAAAAGCAUAAGGACACUUACUCAGUAGAAGCAGCGUUAGAAGAAGGAGGAGAACAGUAUGUCAGCAGUAUUUCAGAAUGA